UGUCGUGGCGGGAGGGUGUGUCGCAUGCAGACCAGCCGGCCACCUUCGUACCCCUGUCUCUUUUCUCGUCGUCCCCUGAGAACUUUACGUCAGGAGGAUGCUUGGGGGAGGAACGGUGCGUGUUGGAUUGAUCUGUCGCCCUUGAUGUGGUGUUAGUCUCCCGCGCGUGGCUGAGUUUGGAAGUUUAGUGAAGGAAGCGAGCGGUUUAACUUCGGUGGCUGUUGCAUAAGGAGUGUCGAGGAAGAGGAGGAAAAGGAUUGGCUUGUUGGUAACUCGUCUGUCUUCUUACACGGGGAAACUUCAGAAGAUACCUGCCAAAGUUCGGAUGCGUCUUUUAUGCCGGAAAAUUAUAAGGUCGCCAAUGAGUCGGCGUGCCUAGGAGCAGAACCAGCAGCCAGCCUCGCCUCAUUCCCCGCCCACCCCAGCUCCUUAGUCUAGUCUGCACCCCCGUCGCCCCGCCCCACCCCGCCCCUCUCAAGUCCCCAGUGGCGUGGGGUCGCCGCUCGCUGCGUGCAGAGGUCAUGGGAGUGCGAGUGAAUGGACUGACUUAAUAACCUGCCACAGGCUGUCUUGAGCAAUUACUUUAUCGACUCUCACACCAACACUCCCGCUAGUGAGUUGCUCUCCCGCCCCACCCCGUCCCGCCCCACCCCACCCCACCCCACCCCACCCCUCCCCGCCCCGCCCCCGCUGUCCUCCCCAUGGUUCCCGGCGCGCCCCCAGCAGGUUGGCUCUGCUGCCGGGCCAUUGCACCCGGGCACCGAGGCGAGAGCCGCGGGACAGGUGGUGCCGCGGAGUGUGCCCGGCCGUGCUGGGAACGCUGACCGCCGCCAGGGCUGCGAGCUCAUUUGUGGGAGAGGGGAGAUAACGGCGUGUGCGGUGCGGGGCAGUGAUGAGUGUGCGGGCGGGGCGUGCGCCUCCCAUCCGCCACAGAUAUCAACGGAUGGGCGUGGCGGCCGCUGGGUGCGGGCAGUAACCUUGUGGUGGGCUAGGCCGGACUGGGCUGAACAGGCUGGCCUGGGCUGGUCUGGGCUGGACUAGGCUGCUAUGUUGCUCCCCGCGGCCAUUCCCACGACCCCCACCCUCCUCUCGCCCGGCGGGAGCCUCCUCGACCCGUCUGUCGUCCCGCGCCGCAACGCCCCGCGCGGCCCAUCCUGCUGACCCACCAUGAACGCCUCCGACCUGACGGAGCUGUGUGAAGGGACAGACAACGCCUCCACCGCUGCCGCGGGGCGCGUGACGGCUGUGAGCGGCACCUUCCCGACCAUCACGGGCUGGGAGGGCGUGGUGCUGGCCACGCUGCAGGCCGGCGUGUUGCUGGUGGGGCUGCUUGGCAACACAACCGUGGCGGCCUCCGUGUGGCGGCAAGGCACCAGCAGACAGAAGCAGCAGCAGCCCGCUGCCCACCGCCACGCCCUACUGCUGUCCCUGGCCAUUGCCGACUUGCUGGUCACGUUGCUGUGUCUGCCCGCCGCGCUGGCCCGCCUGCUGGUGCUGCCCUGGGUGGCCCACUGGGUGGUGUGUCCGCUGCUUGCAGCCGCCCAGAACACCGCCCACGCCGCCUCCACGCUCUCCAUCGCUCUCCUCGCACUCGAUCGCUACCUCACCGUGCGUCGGCCCAAGAUGGCGCCCCGUGUGGCGGCCAUGACGGCGCGGCUGCUGGCGGGGCUGUGGGUGCUAGCGGUGCUGCUGGCGGUGCCUCGGGGCCUCACCGCCGCCCUGGCAGCCCCGGCGCCGACGUGCAACGAGCACUGGCCUGUACCGGCCCUACGGGUGCUCUACUACACCACCGUGGCCGCGCUGGUCCACCUGCUGCCCUGCGCCACCGUCAUCAUCUGCCAUGCCGCCGUCGCCUCGUCACUACGCCGCCGCGGCCUGGACGACACGCGACUCAACAUGCGGCCGCGUCAGGUGAUCAUCAUGGCGCGAGAGCGCAGCCUCGGCGGCGCCAACACACACAAAAUCGUGGCGGCGUCGUCCAGUGGCGGCGAAUCUGACGGGGACGAGGAACGCGCAGCCCUGGAGCUGUGUGACGCCAACCUGCAACAGGUCACGCUGGACGCUGGCCGCGGCAAGGCGCCCCCGGGCCCCCCGCGCCCCGCCCCCACCAUCCGACCCGCCAGGAACAUUCACACCAUCAUCCGCGCCCACCGACGCAUGCGGGUCAGAGGCCCCGCACAAACAGCAUCCAUCUUUGCCUCCUAUCGCGGCCACUCAACGGAGACGCGGCGACGCCUGGCGCGGGUGUUGGUGGCCCUCGGCGCAGUGUUCGCCGCCUGCUGGCUGCCCUACGUGGUGGCUCUGCUGGUGUGGGCGUGGAGGGAGACACCCGCCACCCGCCACGCCCUGGAGCUGACGCUGGUGCUGGGCCACGCUCACUCCGCCCUCAACCCCGUGGUGUACUGGCUCAUGAAUCGCGCCUUCGUCACCUCCCUCCAGCGCCUGCUGUCCACCCAGCUGCGGCUGCCGCACGGCGUCUCGUGCGGUAGUUGCGGCCUCCCGUCCUGCCUUUCUCGCCCUACCGCCACUCCCUGGGCUGGCAAUUCUUCUACUAACGAGGAUAACCUGGGCGCUUUUCACCCCAAGUACCUCAACCCACACGCCCUCCGGCCCCAGGCCUCGCGCUGCACCUCUCACUACUUCCACUAACACCGGCACCUCGUGCACGGCGGCUGGGCGGUGCUCGCGGUGCAGUGCUCGUGGGGCUCAACACUACAAACUUAUCCGUGUUGACCAACGCGUGUGUGUUGCGUGAGGCAGAGCCGCCGGCGCCUCGCAGCCAGAACUAAUGCAGAACUUGCCUCUGCCACCCUGACUGUGCCGCUGGAGUCGUUUGUACCAGACACUGCUUCGCUGCGUUCUGUUGGCACUCCUGAGGUGGGACGCUGCCUCUGUGUGUGCGGGCGUGCAUGUGUGUGUGUGUAUGUGUGUGUGUGUGUGUGUGUCACAUCAACCAGCAGUGACUGUGCAGGCCAGAGUGAGGCUUACCGAACAGCCAGUGCAAGGCGUCUCGUUGAACGUUGCCCGAUCGUUCCUAUGUGUGGGUGAGAGUGGCGGACACUUCCUCUUUGAUACGAGCUUGAAGUGUAGCAAAUGCAAAUUUAAUCAACUAUUCUAGGUCAGCACGGCGCGCUAUACGGGUCUACACACCUAGGUUACGGCAUCGAUGACUUAGUGUAACGGGCGCGCCUAACAUGUAUAUGUAUAUGUAAGUCACCUCACCUCGCCGCUACCCCGGAAACAUUUAUUCAUUAGAGUUUUACUUUCCCUCCUCCUCCUCCUCCUCCUCCUCCUUUUCUUCCUCCACCUUUGUUUAUCUCUGCCCCUCAUUCCCUCACCUGUCGCCUCGCCUGGGCUUCGUUAUAACGCUGCCCCGACGAGGAAAAAUCUUGUAAUUACUCGCCGCGGCUCUGGGCAGAACACUUCACCGACCAUCGUGACGUAUUUAGUAUUCUUUUCCAGCAUAGGUACGAUGGAUUACGAGUUACUUAAGUCACUUCUGGACCUUGUGUACUUUAUGUAACGUUACAUCAGGUCUGGUAAGUACUAUUAAACGCUACUUUUGGAACUUGAGUACUUGAUAACGUUACUUCUUGUGUAAUUUUUAAACGUUACUUUUGGUCUGCAUGUACUUGGUAACCUUCUCUGUGCAAGGAUUGGCAGGUAAAACUACUGGAAUUUGUUGAUGAUGUUUUGUUUUUGUGAUUCAUUUCCAGUUAUAUGAACAGCAAAGUAAAAAUCGCGCUACUGAAGCCGUCCUCCUGUGUACUUUUUUUUUUCUCUUGUACGAUAUUUUCUUUCCUUUUCGUUUUCUUUUCUUUUUUUUUUCUUGUACGUUAAGAGGAUUGAGUUACGAGUCAGAGUGAACCCGAUGCCCCGCAAGUCACCGGAGAGAGAGAGAGAGAGAGAGAGAGAGAGAGGAAGCAAGUACUCCUCGACGAUAACCUAAAGUUGCACAUUCAUAGUAGUUCCGCUGAUUGGCAUUCUGUGUGGUAAGGAGACAAACGACGAUUAUUCACCUGCACAGAGACGGUGAGCCGGAACGCUAAUGAUGCAUAUUCACCUUUGUUUAAUUAGAGAGAGAGAGAG